AUGGCAAUCGACGAACGAGAACGAGACCUCAACAGCCAAGAUGGCGGAGGCAGCCAAGACAACAAGAACAGUUUCAACUACGUAGCUCCAGACGAUGACGAGUACCAAAAUACUUAUCGUGUCCAACCCUUCGCCGAAGGUAUUUCCGAGUACGACGAAUACCAACAAGCCUGGAGGUUUCUAGGGUUCAUGGUGGACUGUAACGCCAAGGAAUCGGACGAUGAUAACCAGCACGAUGGUGGGGGUUCCAAUAGUUAUGAUGGUGGAACGGGAGAGGGGUGUGAACGUUACCUUUUGUGGGCUGCUUAUGUUGAUUUGGAGUACGAAGGAGACGGUAUCGGAGAAUACCAAUACUACAACAUUGACAACAAUGCCUGGGACAAGACAUCUUGUAAUUACGCCGACAGUGGCAACUCGAGAUGUGCCAAGAUGGAUUGUCACUUGGACAGUACGCACUUUUCUCUAUUAGGUUUCUUCAAGCACCAAUCGUACGACGACUGGAUGGAACAGCUCUUUAAGCACGAGGGUGUCUGCGUCUGGGGUAUGCAACAGUACUCCUUUAUGAACAGUGCCCGAAAUACUUGGCCACAAGGUUGUUCGCUUUCCAGUGCCACCACUUCUUCUGGAAAACCAAUCUAUUACGAUCUCAAACCAAUUUCCAAGGGUGGCAUGACGCCUGGUCUCUACACGGAUACCAAAUGCACAGUCGAGUACCAAUCCACAGGAAGUGAUGAUCCCAACACGAUCAAAAACAUUCUUGGUAACUUUCUAAUUGAUGGUGGUGAUGGUGGUGGUGGCUCGAACGAUGGCGGCGAUUACGACUUUUCUGGUUUGUCCUUUACCCAAGCCAUGAAUCUAUGGGAAUAUGGAUUUGAACAUUUCAAGGUCUGUCAACCCUGUGUGGCCUACAACUUGAACAAUGUCGGAGGUGGCUACUACAAUGAUGACGCCAACCAAGGUGGGGACAACUUUGACUGCUACGAUCAAGCCGGUUACACCAACGUCAACCAGUGUAUGAAGUUCAUGGCCAAGACGUCCAUGAACACGGCUACCUUUCGAGAUUUGUCUCUGGCACAAUCACAAGGAACCCUCGUCGACAGUCCGUUGGCUGGAUUCAUGGAUAGCCGAGCAAGAAGCGCCCACUACAUGAUGGAAUCUGCUGGUACCGUCAUGAACUAUGUCUUUUUGGCCGUCUCCGUGGUGGUUCUAUUCUACGGUGUCACCAACUUUUGGAGGGUCCGCCGAAAAGUCAAGUUGGCGCCCAAGACGAGCCAAAGGAUGGACGAACCCCUGGUCUUUGCGUAA